AUGCAGAUGUUGGCGAAUGAACGAUUCGAUGCGGGCAUCACCGAAAUGCUCGGUGCCUGCGGUUUCGGUCUUUUCUAUAAAAUCGGUAUUGACCACAUAAUUACGGCCUCGUCAUUGGGUAUGGUUGAUACAAUGGGUGAUUUAUUUGAUGUACCAAAAUUUCCCAGCAUUGUACCGUAUAAAACAAGCAGCUCCAUUGCAGCAUUUCUUCUGCCUUACAAUAGUCGAAUGAAUUUCGUAGAAAGGACCAUCAACUUUGUUGUGGCGAUGAUUGCGGAUUUUGUUUCAGCAGAAAUUGGAAGGAAUUAUAAGAAAGUGUGGAGCCGCCACGGCGUUUCGACCGAUGACGAGUAUUACAAAAGCAAAACCAACUACUUGCUGACAAAUUCUGACGAAUUUCUCGAGUUUGGCCGCCCGACGUCCCCGAAAAUAGUCCAUGUUGGUGGGAUUGCCUUGAAAGAGACAGGUCCACUAUCUAAGGAUUUACAGCAAAUUAUGGAGCAGACUAGAGCAGGUGUUGUAUAUAUCUCAUUCGGAUCAGCUGUACCAACGAUUAAGAUGCCCAAAUACUUUCGCGAUGCAAUAACCGAAGUUGCAAAAACGUUCAAGAAUUAUGACUUUAUUUGGAAAGUUGACGAAGGCGACAAGAUAGAGGGUAUUCCGAAUCUGUAUACGUUCACAUGGGUUGCUCAACAAGCGCUCUUAGGUGAGCUUUAA